CGCGUGAGGUGGCUCUCCAACAAUAGAAAGUGGUACGUACCAUCACAGUCUUUACGAUAGGUACAUUUCCCAACGAAGUCAAGAUUAUCUUUUCUACUUUGCAUUGAUAAAAUUGUUUCCUCGCCUGUGAAUGAAUCUUAAAAUCGGUUGUUGUACUAUCUGUUGCAUUAGAUUGUGCCCCCUGGAUCCCUUCUGGAAGGGAAUAGUGCCUUGUUCCUUCGCUGCUAAACGGGAUUAAUUUCACCCCAGCUAUGAUAACCAAAGCAUGGAAGUGGGUUGGAUUGGAUAUGUGAAUUGAUAGAAACAUCGGCGUACACUGUACUGCAGUAGAGAUGGCAAGACUAUAGGAGGAAUUGAAAAUACAUUUAAGGUGUGGUAGCCGUGGUCGAGGUAUCCCAGGAUGCCGUUGGUGAAGAGGACUAUCGAGCCCAGGCACCUGUGCCACACGGUGCUGCCGCGGGCCAUCAAGAACGAGCUGGAGUGUGUGACCAAUGUGUCCCUGGCUAACGUCAUCCGACAGCUCAGCAGCCUCAGUAAGUACGCAGAGGAUCUGUUUGGGGAGCUGUUCAACGAGGCCCACUCCUUCUCCUUCCGGGUCAACUCCCUCCAGGAGCGCGUGGACCGCCUCUCUAUCAGCGUCACUCAGCUAGAUCCUAAAGAGGAGGAGCUAUCUCUCCAGGACAUUACUAUGAGGAAGGCGUUUAGGAGCUCCACCAUCCAGGACCAGCAGCUGUUUUCCCGACAGUCGCUGCCCAUCCCCCUGCAGGAGACGUUUGACCUCUGCGAGCAGCCACCACCCCUCAACAUCCUCACACCCUACAGGGAUGAUGGUAAGGAGGGGCUGAAGUUCUACACCAACCCCUCCUACUUCUUUGACCUGUGGAGAGAGAAGAUGCUGCAAGACACAGAGGACAAGAGGAAAGAGAAGAGGAAACAGAAGUUGCAGGACCCCCGCAUGUAUGAUCAGGUCUAUAGGUACUUAGACCUCCCUGGGCAGGUAAGGGGAAAUGACCGUACUCUGGAGACUGAGAAGGUACCGCGGGCGCCUCACGACCGGAAGAAGGAGUGGCAGAAACUGGCACUCGGGGCGGAGCUAGCUGAGGACGACUCUGAGGAAGCCUUAAAAGAAAGAGAGGCUAACGGCUCCGCCACCUACCACGACAGGUCUGGAGCUCCAAUGUACUUGGAAGGGAUGGACGGGCCGUUCUCCCUAGCAGCGUUGCCCUACAGUCAAAUGAACAAGCUGCUGAACCGUCCUGGGGACAGAAUGUACACGCGACCCCACGACCCCCCACCACUGCCCCCCAUGCACACUCUGGGAGACAUCAAACCCCCCUCCAUGAUCAGCUCCAGUUCAGGUUUUUCAGACAGCAGACCCCAGUCUCCAGCACAGAUGCACGGCUUCAACUCCAACACCCCUCCCCCUCCGCCUCCCCCCUUGCCCCCGCCACCUCCCCCUUUGCCUUCCAUGUCCAAGUCUGGCCCACGGGGCACCCCUCCUCCCCCUAUCCCUCCUCUACCAGUCCAGCAGCAGCCCCCGGCCAUCCCCCCUCCCCCCACCCCUCUCCAGAUCGCCCCUGGCGUCCUACACCCUGCCCCUCCCCCCGUGGCCCCUCCCCUCCACCUCUCCUCCCCGGCCCGCCUCCAACAGGUCCUGGAUAAGGGCCCGCGCCCUGGCCAAUCAGAUGGCACAGUGCUGCCCCCUCCCCCUCCUCCUCCUCUGCCUCUCCCAGGAGCACGGAGCUCCUCCCCCUGCCCGCCGGGCCCGCCCCCCGUGCCUUCGUUCCUGUCAGGUGCCGUGGGGUCCCCAGCCUCUCACUCCAGUGGGAAAAAACAUUCUGCCAGCCUGCCGCCCAUCAGCGACGCACGCAGCGUCUUAUUGGAGGCCAUCCGGAAAGGUAUCCAGCUCAGGAAGGUGGAGGAACAGAGGGAGCAGGAGGCGGCCAAACACGAACGUGUGGGGAACGACGUGGCCACCAUCCUGUCCCGACGCAUCGCCGUCGAGUACUCCGACUCGGAGGACGAGUCCGAGUUCGACGAGGGAGACUGGAUGGAGUGAACGAGAUGGAGGGAGAGGAGAACAGAAGGGGACAGAGGGCAAAACUGUCGCCCAACUAUACUCCCCAUCCUUACAACCACUAUCCUCUGUCAGUCCUGUUUUGCUUCCCUUUCAUACACUACUCUACACCUCUCUCUGCCUCUGCCCCUCUCUCUCUCGCUCACUCUCUCUCUCUCUCUCUGUCAAUUACUGUUCUUCUAUGUGUGUUUGGAUGAAAAGCUCCAUGUCAGUUGUUUGUUCCACGUGUUCUGGUCGGAAGAGAUUUUUGUACUCAUUUUUCAACACUACUGCACAUCGUUCAGUUGCUCUCAUGUUCUUUUCCUUCUUUAUCCUCCAAUUGUAUGAAAUCCUCCUCGUGUACAGUUGUUUCAAAAAUGAAAAAUAACCAAACUGUUUUUUUCUUUUCGAUAACCUUUUAAAGAAAAACUAUUGAUGAAGAACCAUUCAUUUUUUAUUUCCUGUUUGUUUCUCGCUGUUCAGUAUUAAUGUAACAAGGUGGCAUGACACUACUGUCCUUAGUACUAUCCUGCCUCCUGGUGGGCCAAAGUGGAGGUGAAUGGAUUCUGUAUUUUGAGUUUCUUUUCUAACAGAAAAACACAUGCCGUUUUUAAAUGGGCCAGUUGUUACCAAUAUGAACUACUUGAAGGAUGGUAGCCAUCCUGAAUAUCAGUCGGCUGUGGUUAUUUGCUGAGGAGAUUUAUUGGAGUCGUUCUUUGUUUUUAUAUUAUCAGCAUUUGACUUAUCACCUUAGAACAAGGAAAAUAUUGUGAUGAUGAGAUGUUAUGUGAUGGUUGUUGUAUGAUUAAAGAAGGAUAAUGGUGAGAUAUUAGAAUAAUCAGAACCACUUAACAGUAGUUUCCCACUGGGCACACACUGGUUUAAUCAACGUUGUUUCCACGUCAUUUCAAUUAAAUUACGUUGAACCAACGUGGAAUAGACGUUGAAUUGACGUCUUUGCCCAAUGGGGUCUGACCAACAAGAACCACUUUACAGUAGUGUCUGGCCAAUAAGAACCACUUUACAGAACCAAUAUCGAAGGCAGCUUAUUUCCCAGGUUCCCCCUCUCUCUGUGUGUCAACUAACGAGAAGCCUUAUCUCGUUUGACUCUAGAACACUAAAUAAGGGCUCUGUUCAAUCUGUAUCACUGAAGCGUUACAGAUUGUGCAAUACACAUUUUAAGGUAAUUUCCAAUUGCGCCGACAGGUGCUGCGUUUACUGUGAAUGCAGUCUCCGCUAACUCGUGAAUAUUACCUUUCAAUUUCAAUCACUCUGUAACGCUGAACUUCAGCGAUACAGAUUGAAGAGAGCCUUAACAGUUACUAUGAAGAAUUUAAAUAAAAUAACGCCGUUGGUCUACCUGUGUUUCUGCUGCCAAGGGGGCGGGGCCAUGGUGAGAAAGAAGGAGUCAUCUGCCUUCACGGCUCCCUUUGAAGAAGAUGUCUACCGUCCUUUUCUUUCUUUCUCUUUCUUUUCUUUCUUUCGUUCUUUCUUCUACUUGCCUUACUCUUUGUACAGACAUAUCGUUGAGUUGAUUAAUGUAUUGUGCUGUUACUACUUUUUUGCCUGCGCUGGUAUGAAUUAGCUGUUUCUAUGUUUGGGGAGUGGGAGAGUGGAAAAUGAACCCUGUGUUAAAAAAAACUUAUGUAACUGUUGACUGUAACAGUUUGCUUGAAUUAAUAAAAGUUAAUGUUAUGUUUCAGGA